AUGAUGCCCGAAACAUCUCAUAGCGAGCUUGUCACCGAACAACCGCUAUCCGCCGAGCCGGCCGCCGAUAAACCCAGCGCCAUCGCUUUUGUCGAGGACAAAGGCGAAUCUUCAAGUCAACCGCAGUCGUCGUCUCAAGGGCAGGAGGAAGCACCGGUGGAUUGGGUUCUCGAUGAUCGUUUGAAGCGCGUCAUCGUUGAUUUACAGCGACAUUGGCUCAACGACUAUCACAAUUCCAGAGAAAAAGCGCUCGUCGAGUUGACAGAGAAGCUUCAUCAGGAGUUUCUUGCCGAUCAGCAGAAGAUCCGCUCCGAUCUGCUUCAACAAUUCAAAGAGGAGCUCGAGCAGACCAGAGCUGACCUCGAGACAAAAUAUCGCGAGCAGCUGAAAGCGGAGACCGCCAAAAUCAACGACAAACACAAACGCGAGCUCGCGGCGUCGAAGAAGAAGCAAUGGUGUUGGCAGUGCGAGAACGAGGCCAUCUACCACUGCUGCUGGAAUACCGCCUACUGUAGCGUCGAGUGCCAGCAAGGCCAUUGGCAAACGCAUCGCAAGUUCUGCCGCCGUAAGAAGAACAACCAGAACGCUCCGAACACGUCGGCGAACACGACAAAUAACUGA